AGCUUUGGUUUUUUCUUCUUCCACGUUUUCCAACUUCUUGCACAGUUUUCACUAUAUUUUUCUCUCUCAGCUUUCUUGUUUGACCAACCUAUCCAACCUUCAUCCUACUAUAUAAACCCUACACACCAUUUAAAUCCAUAUCAUCAAAUAGUUUCCGGUGGAAGGCUAAGGAAGAAGAAGAACUAUACUGCACUGCACUGUACUGCACAUGGCAUCCAUUUGGGUCUUGUUAUCCCCAUGGAUACCUUAUUUCUUCUCUUUCAUAGCUUUUCUACUUCUUCUUGAACAGAUCUCUUACAUCAAGAAGAAGCGUUUUCUUCCUGGCCCAACUCUUGUAUUCCCCUUUCUUGGCAACGUAAUUCCCUUAGUCACAAAUCCAACUAAAUUCUGGGACCUUCAAUCAGCUUUAGCUAAGUCUACCGGACAUGGGUUCUCUGUUAACUAUAUCAUCGGUAAGUUCAUUCUUUAUAUCCACUCAACUGACCUCUCCCAUAAGGUCUUUGCCAAUGUCCGCCCCGACGCUUUCCAUCUUAUCGGUCACCCUUUUGGGAAAAAACUAUUCGGCGAGCAUAACUUGAUUUACAUGUUUGGCCAAGAACAUAAAGACCUUCGCCGACGAAUUGCCCCAAAUUUUACUCCUAAAGCUCUUGGAACUUACACUGAUAUCCAACAGAGGAUUAUUAUCAAAUACUUAAAGUCCUGGUUAGAUGAAGCAUCCAAAUCCCCUAACACCCCAAUCCCGCUUCGACUACUUUGCCGGGAUAUGAACUUAGAUACUUCCCAGACUGUGUUCGUUGGUCCAUAUUUGGAUGGAGAAUCCAGAAAGAGAUUCAAUGUUGAUUACAAUUACUUCAAUGUUGGGUUAAUGAAACUCCCUGUAGAUUUACCGGGUUUUGCCUUCAGAAAUGCUAGAUUAGCAGUUAGGAGAUUAGUCGACACCCUUUCGGUAUGUGUGGAACAGAGCUUAAACAAGAUGAAAAACGAAGAAGAACCCACAUGCUUGAUUGAUUUCUGGAUGCAGGAAAGUUUAAGAGAGAUUAAUGAAGCUAAUAGCAAUGGAUUACAAAAGCCAUUUCAGUACACUAACAAGGAACUUGGAGGUUACCUGUUCGACUUCCUCUUUGCUGCUCAAGAUGCUUCUACUUCUGCUCUGUUAUGGGCAAUCGUGCUUCUGGAUUCUCACCCACAAGUUCUGGAGAAAGUUCGGUCGGAGGUAGCGAAAUUCUGGUCGCCAGAAUCUGAGCAGCCGCUGACGGCGGAGAUGCUCAGGGAAAUGAAGUACCUGGAAGCGGUGGCGCGUGAGAUAAUCAGAAUCAGAGCUCCGGCAACUAUGGUGCCACAUAUUGCCGGCGAAGAAUUCCGGUUAACCGAAGAUUACGUUAUCCCGAAAGGAACAAUUGUGUUCCCGUCGGUUUUUGACUCGUCAUUUCAGGGUUUUCCUGAACCGGAGAAAUUUGACCCGGACCGGUUCAUGGAGGAAAGACAAGAGGAGCGGGUUUACAAAAAGAACUUUCUAGCAUUCGGAGCUGGGGCCCAUGCAUGUGUGGGCCAGAAGUAUGCUAUUAACCACUUGAUGCUUUUCAUUGCUAUGUUUACGGCUCUGAUUGAUUUCAAGAGACACAAAACCGACGGCUGUGAUGAUAUCUCGUAUAUUCCAACCAUCGCUCCAAAGGAUGAUUGCAAAGUGUUCCUUGCACAUAGGUGCACUCGAUGAUUGCCCAUUUUUAAAAAAAUUAAUCAAUUUGGUCCCAUUUUUAUUUUUUUAAAUUUUAGUGUGUACAUGUAACUUGAUCAAAUGAUUCUUUUAAAAUGUUUGUUGGAGCAAUUGAUGGAGUGGCAAAUAUUUGGGAUUGUGUGGAAGAUUUUUAAUGAAAGAAAUUCCUUUUAAUUAGUGGAGUACUUAUUAUUAUAUAUAUAUAUAUUAUGGAUAGUGUUGUUAUCAACAUGAGCUCAUAGCUUAUCAAUACGUUUAUAUUUGAUUGUAUGGGGAAUAAUUUUUAAAUGGAUAAAAUUUAUACUUUU